GCCCUUCAACUUAGCUGCUGCUGCUGCUCGAGCAUCAUUUACGUUUCCACGUUUGAAGACUUGAAGUGAAAAAGUCAUCACAAGACUACAAGCAACAUGGAUAUAACUAUUAAUAUGCUGGGUGAGUCCCACACUUUGAACGUGAACCCAGAGGACACAGUUGGCUCUCUGAAAAUAAAAAUCUACGAGAAACUGGGAGUCGACCCUCAGACGCAGAAAUUGGUUUUCAUAAACGGCCAGAGGACCCCUCUCAACGACGACUCCAAACCCAUCAGCUACUAUGGCUUACAGCACGGCUCCCAGGUGUCCCUGCUGGUCACCAAGCCUCCUCCGCCUGCUCCCAUCCAGGUGUUCCUCAAAAAUGAAAAUGGACACUCCAGCACCUACGACAUCAGGCUCGACGAGACUGUGAGCAACUUCAAGAACAGAGUCGAGAGGAGAGAGAGGGUGCCAGCGAGCCAGCAGAGGCUCAUUCAUGAAAGCCGGGAGAUGCAGGAUGGCAAACUGGAGGACUACAACAUCAGAAACCACAGCACCAUCUACAUGUUUUUCCGUCUGAGAGGAGGCUGAGGCCUUUUAACAUGAUUCAUACACCAGAAAAAAAUGUAUACUAUAGAAUCUUAAUAAGUUUGACUAAUCUUGUAUUUAUUUUUUUUAUUCACUGUUCUCAUUAUGUGUUCUGUAACAAGUUAGCAAAUCUGUGUUUUCAUUUGACACAACGAACAACUGUAAUUCAUACAAAUCAGCAUUUUAUGGACUCUGUCAUGACAAAUACAUGUUACCUGCACUGAUUACAGAGAAUAAAGUUU